UACAUAUGUGUACCCAUUUCUUCACUCUGAAAUCUCAAACUUAUCGUCUCCGUGGCCGUUCGAAACGUUCAUGUAAUCUCAUCAUCGUAUCGAUUCUCUCUCCUAAUCUGUUUUUCUAUUUAGAAGAUGGCAAAGGCAAGUUUGACACUAACCGGAUUGUUGAAGCAAAUCGCCGGUGAAUUUCCCUCCCGGCGAGCGCUUUCAGUUUCCGGAAAAUUGGAUCUCACGCACGCUCGCCUUCAUGAUCUCAUUGAACGAACCGCUUCUCGCCUUGUUGCUACCGGUGUUAAACACGGUGACGUCGUCGCUCUCACCUUUACCAACACCGUCGAGUUCGUUAUUAUGUUUUUGGCUGUAAUCCGAGUACGAGCCACGGCUGCGCCACUCAACCAAGCGUAUACCUCAGACGAGGUCGAGUUCUACUUGUCAGAUUCUGAGUCAAAGCUCUUACUCACUAACAAAGAAGGAAACCAGCCGGCUCAAGCCGCGGCUUCGAAGCUCAACAUUCCGCACGUCACAGCCACUCUUUCUGAAGCCGACUCGGAAAUUACUCUCUCCUCGACUCAGCCUGAGUUAGACCCUGGCGCGGUCUCCAAAAUCAUCAAUGACCCCUCAGACGUCUCUCUUUUCCUCCACACUUCUGGGACCACAAGCCGACCCAAAGGUGUCCCUUUAACUCAGCUCAACUUGGUUUCCUCGGUGCAAAACAUUAAAUCGGUGUAUAAACUCACUGAGUCAGACUCGACCGUUCUUGUGUUGCCUCUCUUUCACGUGCAUGGAUUAUUAGCCGGUUUAUUGAGUUCUUUCGGCGCCGGAGCAGCCGUAACACUUCCAGCCGCUGGAAGAUUCUCGGCUUCGACGUUUUGGUCAGACAUGAACAAAUGCAAAGCCACUUGGUACACAGCAGUGCCUACUAUACACCAGAUCAUACUCGAUCGCCACUUAAGUAACCCCGAACCCGUUUACCCGAAGCUCCGAUUCAUUCGGAGCUGUAGUGCUUCACUAGCGCCGUCCGUAAUGGCUCGGCUCGAGGAGGCAUUUGGGGCGCCGGUCUUGGAGGCUUACGCAAUGACGGAGGCGACCCAUUUAAUGGCUUCGAAUCCGUUACCGAAUGAUGGCCCGCAUAUACCCGGAUCGGUUGGGAAACCCGUUGGCCAAGAGAUGGCGAUAUGGGACAAAAAUGGGGUGGAACAAGAGGGUAAUGUUAGUGGAGAGGUUUGUAUUAGGGGGCUAAAUGUGACCAAGGGUUAUAAAAAUAACCCUGAGGCUAAUAAAUCCGCUUUUCAAUACGGAUGGUUCCAUACCGGAGAUCUUGGUUAUUUUGACUCCGAUGGGUAUUUGCAUCUCGUGGGCCGGAUAAAGGAGCUGAUUAAUCGUGGAGGGGAGAAGAUAUCACCGAUAGAAGUAGAUGCCAUCCUUUUGUCUCAUCAAGACAUUGGCGAAGCUGUUGCUUUUGGAGUUCCGGACGACAAAUAUGGAGAAGAGAUAAAUUGCGCGAUUGUUCCGAGAGAAGGCUCGAACAUUGAGGAGGCAGAAGUGUUGAUGUUGUGCAAGAAGAACCUUGCAGCAUUCAAGGUCCCCAAGAAGGUUUUCAUAACCGAUUCACUUCCUAAAACUGCAACUGGGAAAAUCCAACGACGGAUUGUUGCUGAGCACUUCCUUGCUCAAAUCUCAACUGCUAAAGUCCCCAAGUUUGGAGCCUGA